UGAGCAGGUACAUAAUUUUAUGCUGUGGCGACAUUCUUGAUCAAAACUUUCACUGCAAUUCUGCAAUCCAUUUCCAUUCACUUCCCUCCAAUUUCAAUUCUUCCGAUUCCCGACCGCGGUCAUAGUCGGCGGGAUCUCCGCUCCGGGUGAUCUGGCAGGAGCUGGGGCGUAUUCCACAGGAUAGGUUGUGAUUCGAGAGGCAAGAAUGAAUCGGAAUGGAAAUGGUGUCCUCAAGCUGUACCAUUUCCCUAUGUCAUUUUACUCUCAAAGGGCGGUCCUCACGCUGCAUGAGAAGGGACUGGCGUUUGAGGAAGAGCUGGUGAACAUCCAGGCGAACGAACAGCACCGACCCGAGUACCUGCAUAUCAACCCCAAGGGUACCGUGCCCGCGCUGCAGGAUGGUGUCAAGGUCAUCCCGGACUCGACGCUCAUCAUGGAGUACCUGGAGGAUAACUUCAGCGACGGGAAAUUUCCGCGUUUGCUUCCCCUGGACAAAAGUUCUGAGGAAUACCGAAAAGUGACCAACUUCACCGAGGAAUUUCUCAAGCUGGACAUUCCUGUCUUCACUUAUGGCACGUUCCACAAUGAAGAGCUACGCCAGAAAGUUCGACUUCCUCGGAUGAUGCUGCGCUCUAUUGUGAACAAGACCCGUCCGGCGGAGGGCAAGAACCCGUUGGUGCUCGCUCGCGUACUGCAUGCCAUGGAAGAGGUGCCCGAGGCACGCGAGGUGCUGCAGAACAAGGUGGACUCCAUGAAGAAACUUGCUGACGGCAUGCUGGACCCGGAGAAGCACCGGCAGGCCAUGCGAGGCGUGGACGCCUUUCUGCAGCGCGCCGAGGAUGAGCUGGUCACACACACCGGAGAGCGGGCCAGCUGGUGGCUGUGCGGCGCCUCCUUCAGCCUGGCCGACGUCGACCUGUGCGUGCUGCUCAACCGCAUCUGGAUGCUCGGCCUGGAGGAGCGCCUGUUCACGCGCACGCGGCCCCACCUGGCCACCUAUUUCCGGCGCGCCCGUCAGAGGACUGCCUUCCAGAAGACCACGGCCAUGCCCUUCAAGAUUCGUGCCCUUCUACUGGCUGAAAGGGUCGGCUCCUACCUGCCGCUGGUGCUCGGCCUGGGCGCCAUCCUGGCGGCCGCGUAUGGAAUAUACGCUGCGCGCCGUUGAACGUAGAUGGCGUCGGAGCAUCAUGCCUAGGCUCCGCCAUAGAGAAAGUAAAUCACGCCUCAUGACGCCCUUUGGCAUGCUUCUGACAAGUGAUGCGUUACGGCCUAUGCUGCCAUUUGUGGGAAUGUGAUUAAAAAAGGUCAACCUCUGAUUUCUAGAGCUGUUAAAUCACGUUCAUUUUCUUAGUCAGCAUGCUGGGGUGCGUACAGGCUGCUCAAUGUGAUAUAUACAACGUUUGUGCUUCCUCACACCGUUUAUGGCGGGACCCUGCCAGUCGAUUUGUGACUGGGUUAGGUACGCCUCGCGCACUCAGUUAUUGCGCACUUAAUUAUACGUUAUUCUGACACGCGUGGGCCUUGCGGUAAUCGUGAUAGCGUGCAUACACUUAUACUCUUGUUCUGCUGACACUUGGAUAUUAGUGAUCGGUCAGCACACCUUCACACUGAGCAAUGAUCUUGAGCGACAAUAAGUCACGUUUUUGUGACGUCAUUGUCGUACAAGCGUCCAGAGGCCGAGAGGCCAGCCGUCGGCGACUGUUGACGGCUGGGCGGCAGGGACGUCACCGGCCCGUCUGGCGGCAUGAGCUGCAUGGCCCUCUGUACGGCGCUAACGGGUCUGUGGCUUCAGCAGUUCGCUCCUCCCCUAUUCGUCUUCGGUUUUUUCUCCCCGGGCAGCAGUGUGUUGCGCCGCCCAGGCUUUCGGUUGAUUCCUGGGCGUCGAGUCGCAGCGACGCGCGGGCGCGUCUACGGAGUCUUGGAACCGAUGUAGACGGUGUCUCAGUGACUCUGUUGUCACGUUCGACAGGGGCUGCCAGUCAGUCAGCAGACAGGCGCGUCUUUUUGUCCGCCAGACAGUAGGUGUUGUGCUUUCCUGUGGACUUCCAGAGUGGGUUGUUUCUGUUAAACCAUGUUCAAUUUCCGUUGCCUGCCGCCAGUCAUGUGAUAGCGUAUCGCUAGGCUCAUCAUAAAAACCGCUUAUAUAACCCAGUUUGCCGCUCAAUGACUUGUUAAUGAAAUGGCCCACGCAUGUAGACGUUACCACGAUACGGUCCUGGGUCUUUGACCACGUGGUGACAAACAGGAGCUUGUUUCGGUGGUGGGAUAGUGCGCGUAGGGAUGACGAUGCCAGAAGGCGCGCGCGGGCGCCGCCGGCGGCUAUGUCGGUGCGUGUGAUGCGGUCUGAGCUGUUGUGUCGCGCGGGUGAGACCAGAAUAGGGUACAUUCCCGGUUGUGCGGCUCGUGCCUAUUGUUUGUCCUGGUGCCUUUGAUGAAUGUGCCUCUGUUAGUUCAGCGCGCGGCAAUCAGUGGCUUCCGGUGAAGUUGGUUAGAGUGCGGCAGGCGAGCCUGUGCCAAACUGUUGCAGCAAACCGGGGAAAUAUAUUCGGUUCGUAACUGA